AUGGAAACCGCCCGGACCCGUAAAGAUAUCCCACCGUGGGUGAAAGUUCCUGAAGACCUGAAAGAUCCAGAAGUGUUACAAGUGCAGUCGCUGGUGCUAAAGUAUCUGUUCGGCCCACAGGGAUCUCGAAUCCCUCACAUCGAGCAGGUGAGCCAGACCAUGUUCGAGGUCAAGACUCUGGAAUCUCCUGAAUUCAUCGAGAUCUUAGUUUAUGGCUCUCAUAACAACAAGCUUCGGGCUAAAUGGAUUCUUCAGUCCAUGGCUGAGAGGUGCCGCCUGCGUCUGGAGAGAGGAAUGCUCAACCUGGAGGAAGCCAUGAAGAACCUGGACCUAGGGUUCUUGGAGUGA